CAUGAUUAACUUUCAUGUUACAUGCCUUCUCUCUCUGAACAAAACCAAAGUGACAGAAAACCCCUUUUUGUCUCGGCGUCAACGAUGGGGAAGAUCCCGGCGGUGAAGUUCAAAAGUUUUGCAGAGGCUUUCGGCGAAAUAGCUAGGGCUCGGGUCUGCGAGAGCAGCGGUAGCGAGCACUCGCCGGAGAGCACCAUGGAUCUGUCGGAUCUGGUGAAGUCGUUCAUGGAGAGAGAGUACAGGGAGGAGGAUAAACAAGACGACGAUGAAGAUAGAGGGAAAGGACCAGAUGGAUCUGAAUCUGAGAGCUUCUGCCUUGAUUCGGACCUGAGAGAUACGCUGUGCAAGUUGUUAAACUGUGAAGAUGAUGAAGCGAGGAGAAAUCUCCUCUCCGAGACUGAAGAAGCUUAUGGAAUCAUCGGAAAUGAUUCGAGCUCGGGAUUCAAACGUCGAUUGAUGACUCGGCUACGCGAGAAAGGUUUUGACGCCGGUCUCUGCAAAUCAAAGUGGGAGAGAAUUGGGAGGAAUGUUCCAUCCGGGUCAUACGAGUACAUCGACGUGAACGUUGCCGGAAAUCGCUACAUAAUCGACGUUUGCCUGGCCGGAGAAUUCGAAAUCGCAAGGGCAACAGGAGGCUACACUUCAUUGCUGGAGAUUUUCCCACCGAUUUUCGUGGGAAAAGUGCAAGACCUGAAGCAGGCUGUGAGGCUAAUGUGCGACGCCAUCAAAAACUCCAUGAAAAGUGCGGGCAUGCACGUGCCGCCGUGGCGGCGAUUCCGGUACAUGCAGGCCAAGUGGUUCGGUCCAUACAAGAGAACGCUCCUCGAAGUUUCCAUCGAAAAAGGAUCUGAUCGUGAGGCCACCGGCGGGAAGAGGAGAUCGGUGGGGUUCGUGGCCACAUCGACCCAGCAGCCGAAGCCGAUAAACUAUCAUUACUACUGCAGAGAGGAUUUUGGUAGGAGGGCUGGACUUAAGGAAGGGCAGCUUGCCCAGGCCCCGGCGUUUAAGGGCACUAGCAUGCUGAUGUAAAUAGCCAGUGUGCAAUUUUUGGAUUUCCGUAGUAUCAUGCUCAGUUAGGACAGUGAAAUUCCUGCAAAAUUUUGUACAGAAAGCGUCGCAAAAGACAUAUAUAUAUAUAAUAUAUAAAUAUAAUUUUGUUGCAAAGUUAUCAACUAAAAUCUAAAAC